CCACGACUCCGCCAUCGGACGGAGGUGAGGGCGAGUGAGAGGGCGUGAGAACGGCGAUGGCGACGAAACGCGCGCCGCAAGAUUCACAAUGCCCAUCGCGGCCGGGAUCUGUCGUCAUGAUCACCACCACUGGCGUGCUCAUGACGCGUUACUCUAAUCGGCGACCGCUCAUCUCGGCCCCUUCAUCACUCAGUGAUAUCUAUCUGAAACAUGCAUGUGGUGUUCUCGCGACCCCACUCCGCACUCCGCACCCCGCACCGCACCACGCACUCCUCGACGGCCCUGUCCUCCGGCGCCCGGCCAGCGGCACGCGACAAAUAUCUCUCCAACUUGGCAGAGUCUCAUCUUGGCACCUCUCAACCGCCGGCCUAACCCAUGUCGUACGGCGCGACCGGCCCCCCCGCCUCGCUGGCCUCCGCCUCCCCUACACCACCCGACACGCGCGAGAUCGCCCCCCUCCUCCCGUCAGACAAGGACCGAUGGACGCGGCACCGCCUCGGCGGGCGCGCGAUGGUUGUGAGCAACCUCAUCUUGACGCUCGCUACGAGCAUGCUCGACGUCGUGUGCUAUGCGAAAUACAGCACGUUCAGCUCGAACCAGACCGGCAACACGGUCAUGCUCGCCACCGCGAGUCUCCACCUCCGCACAAGCCCGCGCAAGUGUAUCCUCGCGACGACGAGUCUGGUCGCGUGGCUCACUGGCGCAUUCUUGUUCGGGCAGGCGCGCAGAAGUCGCCGGAACUCGCGCGGGUGGCUGUUCGUCACUUCCGGUGCGCAGAUGGCCGUACUUCUCCUCUACGUCUGGCUUAUCUCGCCCUACGCACCCUCCGUCUUCGACCUCGACGGACGAUACGAGUGGGUGUCCAUGGCGACGUGCGCGUUCCAGAGUGGCAUCCAGUUCGUCAUGGCCACCGGCGUCGGAGUGCGCGAAAUCAACGCCGCAACCGUCACGGCGUCCUAUGCGAGCUUGGUGGCUGAUCCGCUUCUCUUCUCCACUACCCCGCAACAAGGCCGCGAUCGCCGUGUCGUUUACCUCGUAACCUUCUGGCUGGGGUGUAUCCUGGGCCUCUUCUUUGAACAGCAUCUCGGGGCUUGGGCGGCUGCGCUCAUCGUCGCCGGCGUCAAGCUCCUCAGCUUCGCCAUCAUCUAUCACGCGGAAGAGGCCGAGUAACUGUAUCCCUAGACAUGUAAUGCACACAACUAACAACACCCGCCUUUGGUCUUGUUCUCGGCGAGGUUCACACCGGCGGGCUUGCGACGCUCAAACUCGCCCCGCUCCACUCGCUCCAGAAUUUGCCGUGCCGUCUGCUCAAAUGCGUCGAUGACUCCCCACCCUUCCUUUGCCGAGGUCUCGACGUACA